AUGUGCCGUUCGUGCGGACGGGAAACCUGCUCCACAUCUCCGGCCAGCUCUCGAACGAUGCCUCGGGCGGACUGAAGGGCACCGUCGGCGUGGACGUGGAUCAGGACGCGGCGGUGCAGGGCGCGCGGCUGUGCGGAAUCAAUCUGCUGGCCCAGAUGAAGGCGGCGCUGGACGGCGACCUCAGCCGGGUCGUGCGGGUGGUCAAACUGGGCGGCUUCGUCCAGGCGGGGCCCGAGUUCACCGCCAUUCCCGCCGUGAUCAACGGCUGUUCGGACCUGAUGGUCGAGGUGUUCGGCGACGCCGGUCGUCACGCGCGCUCGGCCGUGGGCGUUUAUCGCCUGCCGCUCGGCUUCGCGGUCGAGGUGGAUGCGAUCGUCGAGGUGAAGUGAGCGAACCGGCCGAGGUCACGAUCCGCGUCCACGACCGGAUCGCCGAGAUCGGUCGCGAUGCCUGGGACGCCUGUGCGGCCCCGACCGGCGAUCCGUUCGUCGGCUAUGACUUUCUGCACGCCUGCGAGGCCUCGGGCAGCGCGGUUCCGAAACAGGGCUGGGCACCCCGGCACCUGACGCUGCGCGAUGCACAGGACGCUGUCAUCGGGGCCAUGCCGCUGUAUCUGAAGGGGCAUAGCCAGGGCGAGUACGUCUUCGACCAUAGCUGGGCCGACGCCUAUCAGCGGGCCGGCGGGCGAUAUUAUCCCAAGCUGCUGGGCGCGGUGCCGUUCACCCCGGCGACGGGUCCGCGCCUCCUGGUCCAUCCGUCGAUCGAGGUCGCCACGGGACGGGCCGUGCUGAUCCAGGGGGCGCUGGGGCUGACGGAGCAGAUCGGCGUGUCGUCCCUGCACGUCAACUUUCCCUCCGACGCCGAAUGGCGGGUGAUGGGCGAGGCCGGGAUGCUGCUCCGGCAGGACGUCCAGUUCAUCUGGACCAACCAGGGCUAUGGCUCCUUCGACGACUUUCUCGCGGCGCUGUCGUCGAACCGCCGCAAGACCAUCCGCCGCGAGCGACGCGAGGCCCAGGCGGGGCUGGACAUCCGCGUGUUGACCGGGUCGGACCUGACCGAGGAUCACUGGGAUGCAUUCUUCGCCUUCUACAUGGAUACCGGGUCGCGCAAAUGGGGGCGCCCCUAUCUGACGCGCGACUUCUUCAGCCGGGUGGGCGAGACGAUGGCCGAGCGGAUCGCGCUGGUCAUGGCGUUCCGGGACGGCGUGCCGAUCGCGGCGGCGCUGAACUUCAUCGGCCGCGACGCCCUGUACGGUCGCCAAUGGGGUACGCUGGAAGACGUGCCCUUCCUGCAUUUCGAACUCUGCUACUAUCAGGCCAUCGAGUUCGCCAUCGCGCGGGGGCUGAGCCGGGUCGAGGCAGGGGCGCAGGGCGAGCACAAGAUGGCGCGAGGCUAUCUCCCGACCCCAGUCCAUUCGGCGCAUCACAUCGUCGACCCCGCGCUGCGGCGACCGGUGGCCGACUAUCUGAGGCGUGAGCGGGCCGGGGUCGCGGGCGAAAUCGCGGCCAUGACGGCGGAGUACAGCCCCUAUCGGGACCGGUCGGGCGGCAACUGACGGCGCCGUGGAGGGUUGUGGUCGGAUGGGGCCCCACCCCGGCGCCCCGCCGUGGAGGCCUUACCGAUGGCCAAGUUCGCUCUGUUCGCCCCGCUGGAAGCCAAACACGGACAGGAGGAGGCCUUGGCCGCCUUCCUGAAACAGGGCGAGGCGAUGUCGCGCGAGGAAGCCGGCACCGUCACUUGGUACGCCGUCCGGUUCGGCCCCUCCAGCUUUGCCAUCUUCGAUACGUUCGACGACGAGGCAGGCCGCCAGGCGCACCUGACCGGCGAUAUCGCCAAGGCCUUGAUGGCCAAUGCCGAUACGCUUCUGGCCUCGCCGCCGGAGAUCAAACAGGCCGAGAUUAUCGGCCAGAAAUGAUCAGGCCGCCGAACCGCUGGGCAGGAACGGCGAGAAGGUGAUCACGGUAAAGGUGUCCCGGAUGUGCGGACGCGUCUGAACCGACUUCGUGACGAAGGUGCCGAUGUCCAUCUCCUUGGGUAGCUGGAACUUGGCCAGAAGAUCGUACUGGCCGGAGGUCGAAUAG